AGCUGAGAGCCCACUUUUUCCGAGGCAAAACAUUGUUUUCAAUAAUUCACCCAGGCAGAUUUAUCCAUUUUAUUGGGUGGAUCAAGGCCUCAUCAGCAUGUCGACCAAGUCCUCGGUUGAUUUGCGAGCAGAACUCGCGGAGUUGGUCAAGAGGAAGGCGGAAAUCGCUGACACACUGGCGAAUUUGGAACGCCAGAUUUAUGCUUUCGAAGGGAGUUAUCUGGAGGAUACUCAGUUGUAUGGAAAUAUCAUCCGAGGAUGGGACAGAUAUUUAGCGAGUAAUAAGAAUACGAAUAGUAAAGCUGAUAAGAGAAAUAGAAAAUUCAAGGAGGCUGAGAGAUUAUUUUCGAAAUCUUCCAUUACAUCUAUGGCUGCUGUCAGCGGUCUCGUGGAAAACCCCCAGGAAAAAAUUGAACGAUACAGUGAGUCGGAGUCACAGAUGGGAAACAGCGGAAGUGAGGAUAAUUGCAACUAUACAAAUUCAAAUGUAGUGACAUCAGGAAAUAGCAAAGACUCGAGUGGAAAAAAUCACACGUCAAUACAAUCCGGUUAUUCUCAAAAUAAUGGAAGUAUUAGUGAAUCAACACCAUUGACAAAUGGCCCAAUGUCCAAUGGUGGCAUUGAGCAUGUAUCAACGCCAGCUAAAGAUGGUCAUGGAAACAGUAAAGAGUCUAACAAAAAUAGAUCAUCCAAUAGUGCUAAAAAGAGUAGCAACAAGAGGGCUCGAAAUAGGUAGAAGAAAAUCAAUUGAAAUUUUUUCGUGGCAAUUUUUCCAUUUGGUUAUUGCAUUUUUUUUCAAGGAUUUUCGUACGAAGAGAAGACACUUUUCAAUAUAUCUUGUGAAUAAGUGAAGAGCAGAGUUUACGAAUUAUUAUAUCAGCGGCAUAAAUUUCGGGGACAAUUGAAAUAUAAUGAGCAUGAAAUUCAAUUUUUCUCUUCAAUUUGUCUGUUCGAUGAUAAUCAAAAUCAUGGAAAAAUUCAACUGUAAGAUCAUUUUCUCAUUUUUACGACGACGAAAGUAUUAUUUCAGUGGAUAAACGUGUAUUUACUAGGAUUUUUAUCGUAAAAUUUGGGUGAACAAAGUGGUAAUGUAAGGACUUUUAUAGGUUUCUUACUAUUUCGAUGUGCAUGAACAUUUGAAUUCGAGAAAUAGUGACUGAGAUAAAUUCAUUCAGGAUAAUUAUACAACUGUAACUGUUUUUCCAUUGAUUCGAAGAGUUGAUCUGUCCAUUUUUAUUUUCACAGCCAAGUGGAAGAAGAGCUUUCACUUGACCGUGAAAUUCACUCGAUUAAAAUUUACAAUGUCGUUAUCACUAGGUAAUUAACGUAACUAAUAACUUGUAAAUAACUGUCAAAUGUUCAUUACUCAAUCGUGAAUUUAAUA